GGGGUUUCGGUCGGUGAAGUACCACCGUCGCAUCGCUAGAGGAAAGGAUAUUCAGACAGGCUUUGUUUGUGGAUGAGCUUCAUCACCUCUUCCAGAAAUGUGGACGGAUAUAAGGAAACUACUGCUCUUUCAUUUGCUAGUUCUAAAACUUCAUUCUUCAAAAGGAACAGAGGCGGUGGAGUGUGAGGAUGGCCAGUUUCAGUGCAACAACAAAAGGUGUAUACCGACCAUAUGGAGAUGCGACGAGGACGACGACUGCUCAGACAACAGCGACGAGGAAAACUGUGCCAGGAAGACGUGCGCGCCCGCCGAGUUUGCCUGUGCCAACGGCCAGUGUGUCCCGGGCCGCUGGCGCUGUGACGGGGAACCCGAGUGUCCGGACGGCUCGGACGAGGCGGACGCUACCUGCAGCAAACAGACGUGCCCCCCGGGGAAGUUUGACUGCGGCGGCACCAACAACAAGUGUGUCUCGUUGUCGUGGCGGUGCGACGGUGAGCGCGACUGCGAGAACGGGGCGGACGAGGACGGCUGCGCCUCCGACUCCAAGGCCUGUCCUAAGAGCCAGUUCCAGUGCUCCAACCGCAAGUGCCUGGCGCCUGUCUACGUGUGCGACGGAGACGACGACUGCGGCGACGGCUCCGACGAGCUGAAGUGCUCCGCCCGCCGCGCCCCGACGAGCACCUGCGGCCCGCACGAGUUCCGCUGCAACACCUCGGAGUGCGUGCCCGUCAUGUGGGGCUGCGAUGGCGACCCCGACUGCCCCGACGGCUCGGACGAGUGGCCGGAGCGCUGUGGCGGGGAGGGGUCAGCGCCGAGACGCCGGGCCAACUGCACGCUGGAGGAGUUCCGCUGUGCCAACGGGGAGUGCGUGAGGCUGGCGUGGAAAUGUGACGGGGACCCGGACUGCAAGGAUAAGUCGGACGAGGUCAACUGUCCUCUCCUGACAUGCAGGCCAGAUGAAUUUCAGUGUGGUGAUGGAUCCUGUAUCCAUGGCACCAAGCAGUGUAACAAGGUCCUGGACUGUCCGGACCAGAGCGACGAGGCCGGCUGUGUCAACGCCACGAGGUGUGAGGGGCCCAGGAAGUUCCUGUGUAAGAAUGGAGAGUGUAUCGACAGCGCCAAGGUGUGUGAUAACGUCAAGGACUGCAAAGACCGCUCAGAUGAACCAAAGAAGGAGUGUGGCCUGAACGAGUGCAUGCUCAACAAUGGCGGUUGCUCGCAUGUCUGCCUGGAUCGACCAAUCGGCUACGAGUGUCAGUGUCCCGCUGGCUACCAGCUACUGGACAAGAGGACGUGUGGAGACAUCGACGAGUGCGAGAGCCCCAACGCCUGCAGCCAGAUAUGCAUCAACUACAAGGGAGACUUCAAGUGUGAGUGCUACGAAGGCUACGAAAUUGACCCCGUCACCAAGACCUGCAAAGCUGAGGGGAAGGGCCCCUACCUGUUGUUCACCAGCCGCCAUGAGAUCCGUCGUGUGGACCCGGUGAAGAGGGACAACAGCCAGGUGCUGGCCGCCCAGAAGAACGCCGUGUCUCUGGACGUAGACGUGGCCAACAACCGCCUCUUCUGGUGCGACCGUUUCCACCGGAACAUCUACAGUGCAAUGAUCCCAGAGGCUGGUGACCCCUCCCAGCAGGUGACUCUGGUGGACUCCGGCUCGCUGCUCUCCCCCGAGGGCCUGGCCCUGGACUGGGUCCAGCACAACCUCUACUGGACCGACUCGGGCCACAAGAGCGUCUCGGUGGCCUCCGCGUACGACGGGCUGAAGCGAAGGGUUCUGGUGGACACGGAGCUCAGCGAGCCCAGAGCCAUAGCCCUGGACCCCCAGUACGGGUUCAUGUACUGGUCCGACUGGGGAAACCGGGCCAAGAUAGAGAAGGCCGGGAUGAACGGGGUGGACCGGCAGGUCCUGGUUUCGGAAAACAUUGCUUGGCCCAAUGGCAUCACGCUGGACGUGGCCAACCGGCGCCUGUACUGGGUGGACUCCAAGCUGCACCUUGUAUCCAGUGUGGACCUGAACGGGGCUCACCGUCGCACACACCUGUCCUCCUCAGAACGACUGGGACAUCCCUACUCCCUGGCUGUGUUUGAGGACCGUAUCUACUGGACGGACAGAGAGCGGGAGGCUGUGUACAGUGCUAACCGUCUGACCGGACGAGAUGUCUCCACGCUGGCCGAGCACCUCAAUGACCCCCUCAGUAUAGUGGUGGUCCACCCCCUCCGACAGCCACAAGGUCCCGACAGCUGUAACCUGGGCAGUGAGGCCAACGGGGGCUGUGAGUACCUGUGUCUCAAAGCCCCCCAGAUCACGGAGCACUCCCCCAAGUACACCUGCGCCUGCCCCAGGGGACAGGACCUGGGCCCCGACAUGCGCGGCUGCGUGCCAGCCAACGAGACCACUACGCCGUCGCCGCCGGCCGCCGGCCCUGUCGUCACGACGACGGUCGCCGGGGGCAAGGAUUCCCCCACCGUGUCGCGGUCCCCCCAGGCAGACGCCGGGGUGCCCCACCUCACCCCCGCCCCGUCCAGCACCUCCAAACCCGGGCCGAAGGAGAAGGAGCAGGGUUUGAAUCGUACUCCUGUCACCGCGAUGAUCCCCAUCUCCAGCGCAGCUGGCUCCUCUGCGGACAGCAAUGCUAAGGAGGACAGCAACCUCUCCCAUCACUCUGGAAGUGAGCAUUUCCUCCUGGGUGAGAACCUGACCGUGGCAGUUCUGGGAGUAGUGAUCCCCAUAGUUCCUAUCGUUGCCACAGUGGUCUUUGGACUCCUCUGCACCGGCGUCUACCUGGUCUGGCGGAACUACCGCCAGAACUCCACCAAGAGCAUGAACUUCGACAACCCCGUCUACCGGAAGACCACGGGCGAGGGCGAGGAGGACGAGAUCCACAUCGGUCGGACUGACGGCGGCGUGGGCGUCCAUCACAGCCACCACCACGGGCACCACCCGUAUGCGGCCGGCGUGGGCUGUGGGAUUGUUGGUGCGGGCGGAACCACGUGCCCGCAGUUCAUUGCCCUGCCACUGGGAGGCAGUAUGCCGGACCCGGGGACUCACUGGUACACGGAGCAGCCGGUGCUGUCCACCGCGGCUAAAUAAGGUGGCGGGGGGGGAGGGGUGGAGGAUGGAGACAAGAUGGCUGCUCAGGGGGUUUGUUUUUCCAAAAUGGCCGCUCAGGCACACGCACACACUUAAGGGUUAUGAACGCCGAUGGAGUCUGUUGGAGGGAGGGACAUAUGGCGCUGUGAUAUCGCCACCUCCGGACAUUUGGGUCAGCGCCGUGCCAUUUCAAUGUGCAGAAUCAACAGUUGAACACUUUAAUUUAUUGUCAGAGCUGCAGUUGGUUCCAAUUGAAUUCAUGUCAACUGAGCGAAUUAAUAAUAAUUCAGUUCAUGAAUUCUCUCUGCAUCCAAUGCAUUUAAAGAUACAUUUCCUUACUGGACUUUACACUUUGAAACUGUGUUGACACCAAUUCUGUACGCGUUUCAUCCACUUUUGACGUCCUUUGAUCUCAGAAUUACUGAGUUUUGCUAUCUGUCUCCGGUUUUAAGGGCAAAAGGUAUUCCAGAAGAUUUCUUUCAUCCUUGACGUUUUAAAUUUAGGCUCUUCGUUUUAUUUCCCUGGUGGAACGUCAUUCACUGGAGAGGCUUUUUUAGGAGAAAGUUUCAAAUGAGUGCAGCACCUUAGUUGAGGGGACAAUCUGUAUAGUUUUAAGGUAUUAAUUCAACAUCUGUCAUUGCUCACCUCCCAAUGACUAAAGAUGUCAAAGUGUUUUGGUUAUUCUGGUCAGGGUUUUUGUCAUCACGUCGAGUGAAAGGUCUGAGAGCGAGGUUGCUAUUACUGCCAGUGGAGCAUACAAUGUGUGAGCCUGUGAGUGUGUGUUUAUGCCGUUGCAGAGGAGUCUUCAAAGCAGCCUCGUUGACAUCCUGGAGCACUGUCACAAGUAUAGCUGAGCCCGCGGCAAAGACCUCUUUCCUCUUUAUUAGACCUCACAUUCGACUGGGGGACAAGCAGGACAUGAGAGUAGUUGAGGGUUGUAUUGGGUGUCAGGGGUGAGAUCCUAAAAUAGCUUUGUGAGGUGGAGCCUUUGUAGUGAAAAGGCUGGCCUGGAAUUUUCUCACAGCGGAGAGUCUAGCAGGCGGCUAGCUGUUUGUGUUCAAUGUGAUAAUGACGAUAGCAGGCUUGAGACGGAUGUUUAAUUAGAGUCAAGCGGAACCACGCGUGGCUAGCGGUUAGCAAGCUAACGGUUAGCAAACUGUCUGGGGAAAUCAGUAAGAGGGGUUGAAUCAGAGCUGAGUCACUUUAAGCUACUAGUCUCAUCUCUUUUUUUUCCUUUUUUUUUGUUGCUGUUUCCCAUUGCGUCAGGGUGUGUGGUGGGUGAAUCUGUUUUUGUCAUCUGUUUUAGUGAUUUUAUUACCCGUCUGCUCUCCUUGUGAGUAAACACACAUACACCCCCCCGUUUGAGAUUUCACACAGGCAUCCAUAUUAACUGUAUAUAGACGGCAUGCUUAAUCACCCACCCUUCACAAAUACUUGUCUUCUUGUUCACACUCACAUCCACACACACACUCAUGUCCAGACACAAACUCAGAUCUACACACACACACUCAUGUCCUGACACAAACUCACAUCCACACACACACUCACGUCACAGACAUUCCUGUCCUUAUUCUUUGAACAAGGUCACUGUGAGCUUUCAUAAAUUAGAAUCUCGUUAGGAGGCGGGGCUAACAAAGGGCCCCUGUCAGUGGACUUAGUGAGCGGGGCCUCAUGGCAAGUCUAGUGGCUGUAAUGAGCUCCAGUUGGUAUCCUGCUGCCAGUAAACACGGAGGUCCAUUGUCAUCUUCUCGUUUGGUCCCGCCACGUGCUCCAGCGCUCCUCCUCGCUUGGGGGGAAAAUAUAGAAAUCUCAGAGUCCUUUCAAUUGUUGGGUUUUGGUUCAGAGACGGCAUGAAAUGAGAUUAAGGAGAGCCAGGUGGAAAGACUGUUUUUAUGUGUACUUAGAGAGAGAGAGGGUGUGUGUGUGUGUGUGUGUCUGUGUUUGUUUAUGCAUGCGUAUGCGAGCCUUUAUGUUCAUCCCACACCGUUAUUGGAAACGUUUUGUACACUCUGUGUUGCACAGCACUCUCAUUGUGUGUGUUGCAUGGGAGAACAAAAGUGUGUGUGUGUGUGUCAGUGUGGUGUGUUGUGCUUGUCAGAACGAGUGCACGCGAGUAUGUGGGUUUGGUAAGGGAGUAGCCACAAGGUUUUUUGAAAAUCAUGAUUUGUAAUUACGUUUUCAUAUUGCAAAAAAAAAAAUGCUUUUGAUAAGUAUGUUGUACAUAAGAUUUUAGAUAAGAAAAACAUGUGACAGUAUAUUAAUUUAUUUGUAUAAAAGAGCACCUCAUUCCCUGACUGUACAAAAUAUUAUCCACCAAAGUGUUUUGUGUUGUUACUUGGUUUAUUUCAAGUAAAACAAGGUGGGUAUUCCUCAGUAUUCUCUGUAUGUUAUCGCUUUUCAACCCAAGUGUUUGUUUCUUUGUAAUAUUCAUUAUUGUUUUCCGGUGCCUUUUUUAGCUGUUUUGCUGUGGGAUGGAGACGAGCUCUUAUUCAACAACUUCUGUAAAUGCAAAGAAUAACGUCUGUACUCAGUAUUGCCAAAAUGGUCUCACUCACCUUUUUAUUCUUUCAUGAAGUUCUUAAAUAUCUAUAUAUUGAUAUAUAAAAUUUGAUUGAAAAUA